AUUUGGUGCACAACUUCCCCUACCAUUGAUCUUCCCCAUUUUGUACUUUUGAUCCCAUUGGCCCGGUCGGUUUGGGACACUGUGACACAAUGGCCGGAAGUCAGAAGAAAUCCACCAAGAAGUUCGAGAAGAGGCAUCUGAAAGAUGUCCUCGAACAGCGAAAGGCGGCUGCCAAAAUCAAGCAGCGUCACCAUCUUAAGGAGAAACGCAAGGCGGAUAAUGCUAAGGCACGCGCCAAUGCUCACGAUUCCGCGGACGAGGAUCCGGCAGAGGCGAAGAAGCAGGAUGCUUUCGCUGAGAUGAAUGUGGACGACUUCUUUUCGGGCGGUUUUGACAUUGCGGAUGCCGACGCCGGUCAGGCGAAGAAAGCAAAGAAGAAGGAUGUGACCCCAAAGACGGGCAAGCGCAAGCGCACAGAAGAUCAGAAAGACGAGGAUGAAGCGUCUGCGGCAUUAAACGGCGACGAGGAGGACGGUGUCCCUUCAGACGACGAAGCUUCCUCGGACGCCAGUGGACUCGACGAUUUCGAUGCGCACAAGGACCAGCUUCAAGCGUUGAAAGAUAAGGACCCGGAGUUUUACAAAUACCUCCAAGAGAACGAUGCAGAGCUCCUGGACUUCGGCGCUCAUGGCGAUCUCGCGGAAGUCGACGAGCUGAGUGAAGGCGAGGAAGAGCAACCAGCAAAGAAGAAAAAGAAGGCCGCUCGGGCGGAGGAAGAGGAAGAGACGGUCGACAACACACUGACCAUUCCGAUGGUGAAGAAAUGGCAGAAAUUAAUGGAAGAGCAAAACUCGAUUCGCGCAACGCGCCAGAUCGUCCUCGCUUUCCGGUCGGCCGCCUACCUAAACGAAGUUGAGACCCAGGAGCAGAAAUACACUAUCUCAGAUCCCGAAGUAUACCAUGAACUUCUUGUUACCGCGCUUGGCUCUGUCCCGAAAGUCUUGUCGCACCACCUCCCCGUCAAAGAGUCCGCCUCCGGCAAAGUCAGGGUGUCUAUGGAUUCGAAGAAGUUCAAGACCCUCACGCCUCUCAUCAAGUCGUAUACCUCCUCCGUUCACCAACUGCUCCUAAAUCUGUCCGACGCGCAGACGCUGAAGCUCACCCUCUCUGCCGUUGAACCUAUGCUUCCUUACCUACUUCAGUUCAGAAAGCUACUCAAGGUCCUCGUCAAAACAAUCGUCGGUAUCUGGGCUGAUGUUUCCACGACUGAAGCCACACGUAUCACGGGAUUCCUUUUGUUGCGGCGUCUCAUGAUCAUUGGAGAUGCUGGGCUGAAGGAGACCGUUCUCAAGGCCUCCUACGAGGGAGUCGUGAAGGGUAGUCGAAACACCACCGUUCACACCCUCGCAGGUGUGAACCUGAUGAAGAACUCCGCCGCUGAGCUGUGGGGUAUCGACCAGAACGUGUCCUACACGACCGGCUUCAACUUCAUCCGCCAACUCGCUAUCCAUCUCCGUAGCAGCAUUACGAACACCUCCAAGGAGUCCUACAAGACGAUCUACAACUGGCAAUACACGCACUCACUCGACUUCUGGUCCCGCGUUCUCUCCCAGCACUGCGAUGGCCUCGCGGAAGCCAAGGCCGGAAAGCAAUCCGCCAUGCGUCCUCUCAUCUACCCCGUCGUCCAGAUCACCAUCGGCGCGAUGCGACUUAUCCCUACCGCAACCUACUUCCCCCUCCGCUUCCAACUCACCCGCGCCCUUCUCCGUCUCUCCCGCUCCACAGGAACCUAUAUCCCGCUCGCCCCGGCACUCCUCGAGGUCCUCAAUUCGGCCGAGAUGCGCAAGCCCCCGAAAUCAAGCACUCUCAAACAACUCGAUUUCAACACCGCCAUCCGCGCCCCGAAAUCAUACCUCCGCACCCGCGUCUACCAAGACGGCGUCGGCGAACAGGUUGCCGAGCUUAUCUCCGAGUUCUUUGUUUUGUGGACUAAGCACAUCGCCUUCCCCGAACUCUCCGUCCCCAUUGUGGUCUCCCUCAAGCGCUGGCUAAAACAGGUUAGCUCGCGCUCCGGCGGCAACAAGAACACCAAGAUCAACCAGAUGAUCCUCCUCCUCGUGCAAAAGGUCGAAGCCAACGCUCGCUGGAUCGAAGAUCGCAGAUCCGGCGUCACUUAUACCCCGCGCAAUCGUGCAGAGGUAGAAAACUUCCUGAAAGAUGUCGAUUGGGAAUCCACCCCACUCGGCGCAUUCGUCAAGUCGCAGCGGAAGAUCCGGGAAGAGAAGGCCGCCCUUCUCGAAGAGGCAAGACGUGAAGAGGAGAAGCGGAGAGCAGAGGAAAAGACCGCCGAUAAGGAAGAUGUGACCAUGGGUGGAUUCAGUGCCGAUGAGGGAAGCGAUGACGCUGAGGAUAGCGAGGAUGCCGUCACUUCUGAUGGCGAGGGUGACGAGGAGGAAGAGGAAGAGGAAGAGGACGAAGACGAAGACGAGCUGGAGUUUGAAGAAGAGGAGGAUUAGAUGAUCUAUAAUUUCCUUUUAUGCACCCGGCACUAUUUCCAUAUCUCUUGUACCUAUUGAAGACAUGUUUUCUUUUACUUUGAUGCCCACGUAUACAAAAGUCAAUAGGAGAUCUUUAUAUCAUUUCUACCUUCUUUCA